CGCUGGCGCAUCUCUCCGCCCUGCCCGGCUCCGGCGCCCUCCCCUCCCCCCGCAGCCGCAGCUCCCCGCCCCCCGCGAACGCGGCUCCCCAGUGUCCUCCAGAACGCCCGCGUGGCUGUCGGGUUUCGAACCCCAGGCCGACUCUAGUACUCGGCGCGCGCGCCGCCGCGUCGCCGACCAGCCUGCGGCCCCCGCAUCAAUCAUUAACGGGGCGGCCCGGGCUGCGGCGGCCCGAGGAGGGGGAUGGUACGGAACUCGAGACAGGGGACAACUCUAUCCCCCGAAGCGGCCGCGAAACCCUAGCCUGGGAGGCCCCCGCCCUUCCUCGGAGCGGCUGCUCGGAGGCACGGGUCUUCUUCUAAACCUGCAGCGACGCCCCCGGCGUGGGCACAAAGGCUCCGACGGCGGCCGGCGGGGGCUGCCCAGCGCCCGGGAGCCGGCGCCAGAGGUCGCCUGCGCGCGCCCUAGCCGAGCCCCGGGCACCAUGCCGCGGCGCCUGCAGCCCCGGGGCGCGGGCACAAAAGGCCCUCCGGCCCCGGCCCCGGCAGCUUCGGAGGCCGCCCGGAACUCCCACUCUGCCGCCUCCCGGGACCCCCCAGCGUCUGCCAAGCCGCUGCUGCGCUGGGACGAGGUGCCCGACGACUUCGUGGAGUGCUUCAUCCUGUCGGGCUACCGGCGUCUGCCGUGCACGGCCCAGGAGUGCCUAGCCUCGGUGCUGAAGCCUACCAACGAGACGCUCAACUUCUGGACGCACUUCAUCCCGCUGCUGCUGUUCCUGAGCAAGUUCUGCCGUCUGUUCUUCCUGAGCGGCGGCGACGUGCCCUUCCACCACCCGUGGCUGCUACCGUUGUGGUGCUACGCGUCGGGAGUGCUGCUGACCUUCGCCAUGAGCUGCACGGCGCACGUGUUCAGCUGCCUGUCGCUGCGCCUGCGCGCCGCCUUCUUCUACCUGGACUACGCGUCCAUCAGCUACUACGGCUUCGGCAGCACGGUGGCCUACUACUACUACCUGUUGCCAGGCCUCAGCUUGCUGGAUGCCAGAGUCAUGACUCCAUACUUGCAGCAGCGCCUGGGCUGGCACGUGGACUGCACGCGCCUUAUCGCCGCCUACCGCGCCCUGGUGCUGCCUGUGGCCUUCGUGCUGGCGGUGGCUUGCACUGUGGCCUGCUGCAAGAGCCGUACCGACUGGUGUACCUACCCGUUCGCGCUGCGCACCUUCGUCUUCGUCAUGCCGCUCAGCAUGGCCUGCCCCAUUAUGCUCGAGAGCUGGCUCUUCGACCUGCGUGGGGAGAACCCCACACUCUUCGUGCACUUCUACCGCCGCUACUUCUGGCUGGUGGUGGCCGCCUUCUUCAACGUGAGCAAGAUCCCCGAGCGCAUCCAGCCGGGUCUUUUCGACAUCAUCGGCCACAGCCACCAGCUCUUCCACAUCUUCACCUUCCUCAGCAUCUACGACCAGGUGUACUACGUAGAAGAGGGCCUGCGCCAGUUCCUCCAGGCGCCGCCUGCCGCACCCACUUUCUCGGGUACUGUGGGCUACAUGCUGCUGCUGGUGGUCUGCCUGGGGCUGGUCAUCAGGAAGUUCCUAAACAGCUCCGAAUUCUGCAGUAAAAAGUCCACAGACAGAAUUCUCUUCUUGUCCUGUGUCUUUGACCUUAAGGAGAGGCCACUUAAGGAUAAAAUUAUACCCAUAUCAUUUUUCAGGUUCUGCCAAGGGGACAAAUCAUGGAAGAUUGGAUUGGAACAAAAAGCAGCAGAAGGCAGUCUCCUCUGCUGACUUUCAUGCCUGACAUCAGUUUUCUCAAAGAGUAAAGACAGAGCAUCUAUACCGGUAUAGUUGAAGGACUUUGGUCAGUGGCUUCCUGGUUCUGCCACUUUCUGUCAGCUUUCCUGCUCAAUUUAGAGACAUUCUAAUUCUUGUUCAGAAAACCUUGAGUCCACUCCUAUAAUUCUUCUAGUGAGUUUGUAAGCCAACCAAUGCCUACUAAUAAAUCCCCUU